UCAAACGGAACGCAAACGUCUAUGAGAGCGCGUGUUGCAACGCGGCCAGUCGCGAAGAGUUGCGACAGAAAAUGAAAAGUCGCACGCAAGGACUAAACUUGUUUACAAACUCGCGAUUAGUGGAUCCAUUCUGUCUAUUACAACGGACGUAUUUUACUGCUAAAAAAAUAACGUGGAAUAAAAAUAAAUUAACAGUGUAAUAAAACUACAGUAAUUAGUAGUGUGUGUCUGUGAAAGUUCCUAAUAUAUUUUUAUUAUUGUGUUUAUGUGAUGUGCAAAGAGUAAUUAUGGUGUUCUUUGUGGCAUGCGUAUGCGUCAUUUUAACCGCUCAACUUGGAGACAAACAAUAUCGCUUGAUGUGGUCUAUUUGCGGUUGUCUCCUCGUGUCCUUAGUGGUCGUAUUUUUCUACUACUACAGAAGAUGGAGGUCGAAAGAAUUAACCGGCGCCACAGGGGGUGUUGGAGCAACAGGGGAUGCCGUAAAAAGGUUCCGAAAACGUGACAAGAUGCUGUUCUACGGACGCAGGAUGCUGAGGAAAGUCAAGUCUAUCUCCAACUCUGGUCAGGGGAGGAAGAGACGCGCCGUCAUGCGGUUCGCUAGGAAACUGCUGCAGCUGAAGAAGGAAACCGCUCCUGAACAGCUGAAGGUUCUGGAGCCCCCGGCGGAGUACUUGGAGGAAGACCUGACGAGUGAUGACAGGGUUCCACCAGAUGCCCUGUACAUGCUGCACAGCAUCAGGGUGUUUGGCCACUUCGAGAAGCCUGUCUUCCUCAUGCUUUGCAAGCACACUGAGAUCCUCAACCUGCCUGCUGGUGCUUUCUUGUUUAAAGUUGGCGACACAGACGAGAACGUGUACGUGGUGCAGAACGGUCGCGUGAACGUGUACAUCACGAACCAGGACGGCAGCAGUCUCUCGCUGAAGGUGGUGCGCGCCGGCGAGAGCGUCACCUCGCUGCUCAGCUUCACUGACGUGCUCACUGGACAUUCACAACCCUACAAGACGGUGAACGCCAAGGCGCUGGAAGACUCGCAAGUGAUCAAGUUGCCAAUGAGGGCUUUCCAAGAAGUCUUCAAAGAGUACCCGGACAUAUUCGUCAGAGUUAUACAGAUCAUUAUGGUGCGUCUACAGAGGGUGACGUUCACAGCUCUGCAUCAGUACCUUGGCUUGAGCGCCGAGUUGGUUAAUCCGGGCCGCGACAAACGUCGCCCGAACACGGUGUCGUCGUCCCCGGGCAAGUCGGCGAAGAUGCCGACGGCAGACAGCUGCGCCAACAUGCACUCCCCGCACCACAGCGACAGGGCCAUGUCCGAGCAUCUUAAUGCACAAGAACCGUGUCACGCGGCGUCCUCCCCCAUCCACAUAACGGGACGCCGCCAGAAACCUGACAUGGUGCCCGAUAUAGCGUCCAAUACGCCACAGAAUCAGCCGGAUGUCCAGCCAAUGCUACAGAGGGCUCGGGAGGGAUCUUCCUUCAAGAAACACAACACUGAUAACCUUGACGAACAGACGCUAAUCCAAAUAGCGACGGACGCGUUCGUGAAGGAGCUUGGACUGGACAGUGACACAGUGUUGCGGGGGAACGUGCAAGUCAGGGACCUGCCGGCUGGGACUUACAUCAUGAAGGAGGAGAGCCAUAAGGAUGUCGCGCUUGUGUACCUCUUAUCUGGUGCUCUGCUGGUCUCUCAACGUGUGGCGGAGGGCGAGGGAGAAGUGCACAUGUUCACCGCUUAUCCAGGUGAAGUAGAAGGCGGUCUAGCAGUGCUGACAGGAGAGCCAAGUUUCUUCUCGAUCCGAGCGAAGCAUUUCUCCCGCAUCGGCCUGCUGUCGAAGACGACGGUGUACAGCAUCAUGCGGGAGCGUCCGUCCGUAGUGUUGCACAUCGCCAAUACUGUGGUACGGAGACUGUCGCCCUUUGUCAGGCAGGUGGACUUUGCGCUGGAUUGGGUGUUCCUCGAAUCCGGUCGCGCAGUCUACCGCCAAGACGAGGAAUCAGGUUCCACAUUCAUAGUCCUAAGCGGCCGUCUGCGUUCCGUCAUAACACAUCCGAACGGGAAAAAGGAGUUAGUAGGAGAAUACGGCAAGGGAGAUUUAGUAGGGAUAGUGGAAAUGGUCACUCAGACUAGAAGGAGUACUACUGUAAUGGCUGUCAGAGAUUCUGAGCUCGCCAAGCUGCCUGAAGGACUGUUCAAUGCUAUUAAGUUGAGGUUCCCCGUUGUGGUGACUAGGCUGAUUAAUCUGCUUGGACAUCGGAUUUUGGGAUCAUGGCAGAAACCGACAGCCGGGCUGGGAGGCGCGGCCGCCAUAGAGCCGCGGCCGUCCCAGCACAACUUCUCCACCGUGGCCGUGGUACCGGUCAGCGAUGAUGUACCAUUGACUGCCUUCACCUACGAGCUGUACCAUUCUCUGUCUGCUAUAGGUCCCACAGUGCGUCUGACUUCUGACGUGAUCAGAAAACUCCUCGGUCUGACCAUCAUGGACCCUAACAACGAGUACAGACUCAGCUCCUGGCUAGCUCAGCAAGAAGAUAAGCAUAAGGUUGCUCUAUACCAGUGCGAUCCCAGUCUCACGCAGUGGACCCAGCGCUGCAUUCGGCAGGCUGAUUGUAUUCUCAUUGUCGCUUUGGGAGAUAAGCAACCCAGUAUUGGAAAGAUAGAAAAAGAAAUAGAGCGCCUAGCAAUACGUACGCAGAAGGAGUUGGUCCUGUUACACCGCGAGGGCGGUCCGCAGCCGGCCGGGACCGUGCACUGGCUCAACAUGCGGUCCUGGGUCAGUCAGCAUCACCACGUGCGGUGCCCACAUCGCAUGUUCACUAGGAAGAGCCAGUAUAGGAUUAGCGAGCUGUACAGCAAGGUGCUGAUGUCGGAGGCGAGCGUGCACUCGGACUUCUCCCGGCUGGCGCGCUGGCUCACCGGCACCUCCGUGGGGCUCGUACUGGGCGGCGGCGGGGCGCGCGGCGCCGCGCACGUCGGGAUGGUGCGCGCCAUACAGGAAGCCGGCAUCCCCAUCGACAUGGUGGGUGGUGUGAGCAUCGGAGCGUUCAUGGGAGCUCUAUGGUGCAUGGAGAGGAACAUCACCACUGUCACACAGAAGGCUAGGGAGUGGUCACAGAAAAUGACACAAUGGGGCAAACAGCUCCUUGACCUGACCUACCCAGCCACCUCAAUGUUCUCCGGAAGGCAGUUCAACGCCACCAUCAGGUCCACCUUCGGAGACGUCCACAUCGAGGAUCUAUGGCUCCCAUACUUCACUGUCACGACUGAUAUCAGUUCCAGCUGCAUGAGAGUCCAUCGACAUGGUUCCCUCUGGCGUUACAUUCGCGCGUCCAUGUCGCUCAGCGGGUAUAUGCCGCCGCUCUGCGACCCGCUAGACGGCCACCUCCUAUUGGACGGCGGUUACGUCAACAAUCUCCCAGCGGAUGUGAUGAGGUCUUUGGGCGCUAAACACAUCUUGGCCAUUGAUGUGGGCUCCCAGGACGAUACGGACCUCACCAACUAUGGUGAUGACCUGUCUGGCUGGUGGCUUCUGUGGAAAAGAUGGAAUCCAUUUACAACGCCUGUAAAGGUUCCCAACUUACCAGAUAUACAAAGUAGACUGGCUUAUGUGUCCUGCAACCGACAACUAGAGGAAGUAAAAAAAUCAGACUACUGCGAAUACAUACGGCCACCAAUCGACGCAUACAAGACGUUACAGUUCGGUUCGUUCGACGAGAUCCGUGAAGUGGGGUACCGACAUGGUGCGGCGUACUUCGAGGGCCAGCGCCGAGGCGGCGGCGGCGGCGUCAGCGGGGCUGCUGCGGAAGGGAGACGGCAUGACGCCCAGCCUUCGCUUACUGAGUACCGGUACGGGACGACGUACUUUGAGGGCCAACGCCGCGUGUGCGCCAGACGCCCUAGUGGCAUCGUUGAUGGAAGAAAGAAUCACCCACAACCGUCGAUUACUGAUUACACGUUCACGGACUUGGCUCAAAUGGUGUGUUCUGUGCGCACAGCCCGUGACGUAGACAACGAUUCCUCUUCAUCAUCAGACUAUGAAGAGGACCAGCGGCAUUUCGAAGGGUACGCCUCGGAACCCAGCGCUGGUAUACUGGAGAUGUCGUCCAGCGUAGAGGACGGAGCGGCCGCGUGGAUCAGUGACACAGAAUUGGAAGGUCUGCGCACGCGCAGGGUAGGUGGCUCCCUCUCGUUGUCGGAGGACGAAAUCGACUCGGAGGCCGAGGUGUACGACCCUCUGAACAAGCGAGGAGGAGGUAGGUGAGACCCGACCUUGCACGAUCUGUGCAAAGCCCUCUACGAAUACGUUCAAUACACAGACUCUUGCGCUGAGUAAUUCAUGAAAUUCUUGAAGGAAUUUUCGAAGACUGUGCGUGUAAAAGUGUAUCAAAGAAUUUGGAACCUUAAUAGCGAAGUAAUAAGGUUUGUUUGUGAAUAAUGUUAGGUACUUUCUUUUUAUAAGACUGCGGCGAAUGGUAGCUCUAUAUACAGAGUGUGGUAGGAAUGUAUUGUAUAUGUUACAAAAAGUCUGCAUGUUUGUACGUUUAUUGGUACGAUGUUUAGAACAAAGACAUGUUUAUGUGCUGUAUUAUAUUAUACAUUAGUUGUAUUGUAUAUAUUAAUUAAAAUUAUACAGUGAAGCUGUAAUUAAUGACUAUACCUGUCUUUGUCACACAGUCGAAAAUCGGUCUUGCAAGACAAGGAUGGUAACAGUUUCUAUUGAUUAUAAUAAAAUGACUAUAGAGAUAUAUAUGUUUGUCUCUUUCAUCUGUUCGUUUUCUUGUCUUGCAAGAAAGAGAUAGCAAUAUAGUGCUGUAAUGCUUCUUUCUAUGUGUGUGUGAUGAGACGAUAUACGUUUAUAAGUCUAGUAUAAAAAAAUACUAGUUCCAAUAGAAAUUGGAAAUAACAUCUUAAUUGUUUUGUAGAAAGGGUUGCUUUGACCAUACUGGGUAACUUUGACCCAGUCUUCUAGAUCAAUGAAAAACUAAUAUACGCUUUGUUCUGUAUUCCUAUUGAGUAUAGAAUUUGGGUCAAAGUUACCCUAGCAGGUUAUAGUAACCCGAACUUAACGGUAAGUCUCGGGUUCGAUUCCUGAGUUAUUAAUGAAACAAUUUUCGAAAUUCUCAGUAAUAUGAGUAGCAUAGAAUCUGGAAUGAUGUCCAGUUAUUAUAUUAUGUAAAGCAAUAGGUAAUGUUUUGUGAUAAGUUUGUAGGUGUUUGAAACAAAUUAAAAUAUUUAGCGUAAUUGUCGUUCAUAGAAAAUAUGAAUAGUUUUUUUUACAUAUAAAACAAUAUGAACCUUAAUUUUUAUAGAUUUCGAUAUAUUUUGUUCUAUGUUCCCUGUUUUAUUUAUUCAAAAUUUCGAGUGUAUAUAUUGUAUAUAAAUGUAUGUAUGUACGUAUUUAUAUAUCAUGUUAUACGGCGGGAAUAUAUGCAAUACUUUAAGUAGGUAACUCAAAUAACUAAUACAUAACACAGUCAAUAUACAACGGAACAUUUAAAAAUAUACCUUAUUGCUUACGAAAUAAAGGUGCUUUUAUAUUCACUGAUAAUAAGCAAAAUAAGCUUCGCAGGGAAACAAAUUCUUCCUAUAUUUGUAUCAUAAUUAAAAUAUGUACAUCCUACAGCUUCCUAAGAAGUAACCUUAUAACAACGCAAUUAGGUUUAAAUUAGGUAAACAUAGUUAUAAAAUCGGUAUUACGGAACCCAAGUGAGACAUUAGACAAAUGUAGAAUAAAUUAGUAUCAUAAUUAUUUCAGUAUUGAUGCAAACAAAUUAUUUACUUGUAAUAUUACAUAAUAUCGAUUUAGGUAUAACACAUAAUUCAGUACCCUUAGUACGAGUUUGCAUUACGUUAAAUGAAAAAGAAACGAGAGUGCGUUCGACGCUCUGAUUGGUUGGUUCAUUCGCGCCGGUCUAUCAGAGCGCCGAACGCGCUCUCGUUUCGAUCUCGUUAAACGUAAAGCAAACUCGUACUAAAGGGUAUAAGCAAAGAAUAUUCAUAGAAAAUAUAGCUGUGCAUUUUAGAGUUGCCUUUACAAUACAUACAGGACAUAGUUUAGUUAGAUGUAAAUACCGUAUGGGGCAAACACAGAGGACUUAAUUUAAUUCAUACCACAUAUUAUUUGUUAUCAUGUUGGCUGAUAAAAAACGGAAAAUGAGCGAAAAAAGUGCUAUUUUCUCUUUGAGUGUGUGUCUUCUAUAAAACAUCGAAAAAAUAAGUAAAGUAAAGAAACGUUAUUAACUUAUUUUUAUGUGUUUUGUACUUACCAAUUGGCGCUAGUAGAAAUGCGGAGUAUUUAUAGUUCUGUAAAUUAUUUAUACUUAUAUUGCAAAAACCCUUCGUUACAUACCGUAUGUAUUUUCUUUCAUUAAGGUUAUCUCACUUAUUAAGUACCUAUGUUAUGGUAUAAUUCAUAUUGAUUAUUACCUAGAACAGACAAACAAAAAUAUAUGGAUUAAAUUUAAGUCAGCAACGCAUCUGUGUCUCCUCUGGUGUUGCGGGUGUCUGUGGGUGGCGCACCAGGUAAUAAGCCUACUUGUUUGUUUCCUAUUCCAUAAAGUAUAUCAUUAAAGUAGUUUUGCACAAAACUAUAUAAUAUUUAUCGACAUGGACAGACUGUUAUAUACCUAUAAUAAUAAUAUACUAGAUAGCACACUGGACAAGAAAUAAUAUUAAAUAGUACUAGAAUAUUACCUAGCCUCCUAGCUUAGCUUGUAAAGCUUAAUAUAAGAAAAGCUAGGCUAAUUUAGCACGCAUAUGGU